AUGGCCCGUGUUCCGCUCGCUGCGACGUUCCUCGCCGUUCGCGCGCGUGCUGCCUCGCCAGGGGUGCUGGCUGUGCUCCGCGACGGUUCGCGGUGGUCGCUGCGGCAUGACGUGGCGCUGACUCCCCCCCGCCAGCGUGACGGCCGCGAAUAUUGGUGCGCGGGGCGAGAAUGCCGGUCCAGAACGGCGCUUGCGCCCUGGUCGAUCACCAUGCACGCGACGAGCUUCGCCUCCGCGGCCAGGCCCGCCACGGUCCUCGGGGGGCGCCCGGCCGUGCGCGCCGCUGUGCCUGCCCCGCAGCUCACAGGCCCAUCGCGCGCCGGUGCGGCGCCCAGGACCACGCCGCCGCAGCCCCCGGCCUUCUCCGCCUCCGUGCGGUCCCGGACCUCCGCCCGCGGCGCGCUCGUUGUCGCGGCUGCGGAGCUCAAGGCCCUCGUGUGGGACUGCGACGGCGUGAUCCUGGAGAGCGAGGACCUGCACCGCAGGGCGUACAACGCGGCGUUCGCGCACUUUGAUGUGCGCGUCGGCGGCGAGGUGGUGGAGUGGGACGUGGCGUUCUACGACAAGCUGCAGAACACCGUGGGCGGCGGGAAGCCGAAGAUGCGCUGGUUCUUCGGGGAGCACAAGAACGAGUGGCCCACCACGUCGAUUCUCGACGGCCGCGCGCCCGAGACGGACGGCGAGCGCGUGAAGAUCGUCGACGUGCUCCAGGACUGGAAGACGGACAAGUACCAGGCCAUGCUCGCGUCCGGCGAGGUGCCGCCGCGCGCGGGCGUGAUCCGUUUGAUGGACGCCGCGCGCGACGCGGGGCUCAAGGUCGCGGUGUGUUCGGCGGCGACCAAGUCCUCCGUGAUCGCCACGCUCAACGCGCUGAUCGGCCCGGAGCGCUUCGAGGCGCUGGACUGCUUCAUCGGCGGCGACGACGCACCGAAGAAGAAGCCGGACCCGAUCAUCUACCACAUGGCGGCGGAGCGGCUCCAGCUGGACCCGCAGGAGUGCAUGGUGAUUGAGGACUCUACGAUCGGGCUCGCGGCGGCCAAGGGGGCGAACAUGCGGUGCAUGAUCACGUACACCGACAGCACCAAGUCGCAAGACUUCGACGGCGCGGAGAUCAUCGUCGGGUCCCUCGGCGACGACGGCGACCCCAAGGCCAUCACGAUCGACAUGCUGCGUGAGAAGGGCGACCUCAGGGACGACCGCGGUGCCGCGAAGCCGAAGAAGAAGCGCAGCAAGAAGAAGAAGCCGGCCGCGAGCGCCACGGAGCUCCUGGCCAAGCCCGUGCGGCCGAACGUGCCCGCGGCGGAGGAAGCGACCGAGGCGGCGGCGCCGCAGAGGCCGAGCGCGGAGGGCGGGGCCGCGCCCAAGCCGAAGCCAUCGAACUCGAGCGACGAGUACAUUCUGUUCACCGAGGACAUGCUGUCGCAGUGA